AUGUCAGGGUCGCCGCAAUUUCCGAAGACUAUACGCAUUUUGAGACAUGGGCAAGCCUUGCAUAACGUACAGCGUGGCUAUCCUCACCGCGAUCCGCCACUGACUGAGCAAGGCUUCGCUGAGGCAGCGUUUGCUUCGAAAGAGCUAUCCAACAACCUGCCUGAGCUCGUGAUAUGCUCUCCAAUGACGAGAACUAUCCAGACAGCUCUUACCGCCAUCCCGAGUCUUUCCUCGACCAAUACUUCAAAUUCUGUCAGUGGAUCCGAAUCGAGCAAUCCGCGUUUAGAGAUCUGGCCGGACUUGCGGGAGGCGCAUGACGCUAUUUGUAACCUUGGUGUCCCCAAAACACAGCUUGCCAACGCGUUCCAGGCGCAAAUAGCCCUCGAUUUGACACGAUGCAGGGAAGAAUGGGACUAUGAAGCUCACUCGGAGGAGGCGGCAACGAUACGCGCAUUACGUGUGCGUGAGGAGCUUUCGACGAGACCCGAGAAUAAUAUUCUGCUUGUGACGCAUCGAGCAUUCAUCAAGUACCUCGUGGACAGCUCGCGGUUUGAGAAUGGUGAGAUGAGGAGCUUUAUUCUGCAGUCCGACACAUUGCUAUUGCCAGCGCCCUCAACUCAUCAAAUGGUCUCCGAGUCAAGUGAUCCAGACUCAUCCGGCUCCUCCCAAAUGGAAUACGUGAAUGUUCGGAAACGCUGCAGCCCAAUCGGCAACAGUAUAAAAACCUAUGUCCGCUCUCAGAUGCCGCAACGAGCAUGCGGACCGUGA